GAAGCUUACACUCUUCAACCCUCUCUCGAGUCUCUUCCUCAGCCACGGCCCAACGUCUCUCCCUCUUUUCUCUCCCCCAGUGCAGACUGCCAGGCACCCCCACGCCUCUCUCUCCCUCACUCUCUCUCUCUCUGCCCGUUUCCCUCGCUUCUUUGUGAUAUCCGCUCGCCGCCCUUCCCAGCUCCACGCUGUCCGUGUCGAUUAAUGCCGCGCCGCUAUCUACAGUUCGAUCACCUACAUCGUGAAGCUCCGCUGCACCGCCGUGCGCCACAAAGCUCCGCCGCGCGCCACAAAGCUCCGCCGCAACCAAGCCUCUGUUUCCCUAGUCCGACACUCUCCUUCUCUUUCUCUACUCUGCACCUUCGCUCAUUGUGGAACGUCCAGCGACGCCGCUCUCGGUUUCCGACACCGGCUAGUUACGACAUCUCCAUCUCGUUCACUCUCUAGCCGUUUCUCUCUCUCUCGCUCUAACUCUCUGUCGGCGUCUCACAGUGUCUCGGUAUUAGGCUGACCGCGGUGACCAACGAAGGCCAUCGGAGCCUGCGUGACCGCUCCACGACGCCCAUCUCCUCCGCCACUGACGACUUCGUACGAAACCGCCCCCUGCCACCGCAACCGGUGGAGGCUGCAGCACCACAAGUCCAGGAACACGGCACCAUUCAAUUCGUGAGUUUCCAUCGCCGAGUCUAGUCGAACACCGCUUCAAGCUUGGUGAGAGAGUUUUAAUGUAGUCAUGGCUACAAGCGCUACAAGCAAGUCUCGAACAAGCAGCUUCUCUCGCAACCUCACAGCUGUACCCUUGUCUAAUAUGCCCGGGCUCAAGUAUGGUCCCAAUGGCACGGUCUUUAUCUCAUCUGGAAUACCAGACCUCGACAAGAUUUUAGGUGGUGGGUUUGCUUUGGGAAGCCUAGUCAUGGUGAUGGAAGAUGCAGAAGCACCUCAUCACAUGCUUUUGUUGAGGAACUUUAUGUCUCAAGGACUUGUUCACAAGCAACCCCUUCUGUAUGCCAGUCCAUCCAAAGACCCAAAAGGAUUUCUGGGCACUUUGCCUAGUCCAAGGUCAUGCAAAGUUGAUAAAGAUAAGUCUCAUGAUGACGAUCCUGAACAGGAGGGUUUGAGGAUUGCUUGGCAAUAUAAGAAGUACUUUGGUGAACAUCAGCAGACUGUUGAUAAUACUAGAGAUGGUAAGCAUGAGUACUGCAAUGACUUUGACCUGCGGAAGCCUCUAGAAAGGCACUUUCUAAGUGGUCAGCAUAUAGAUUGUGUCAGCAUUCUACAUAAUUCAGAUCUUGUUGCUCUUCAUGACCGUUGUGCUACAUUUUUCACUCAAUUUCCUAGAAAUGAUGGCAGCAUUGCCUCUGCUGGUCGUAUUGCCAUUCAGUCGUUUUGUGCUCCACAAUGCGAAUAUUCCAAUGUGGAAUGGCAUAUGCUUUCUUUUAUCAGAUCUCUGAGAAGCAUGAUCCGGUCUUCUAAUGCAGUAGCUGUUGUGACUUUUCCACCUUCCCUUCUUUUGCCAUCAGUCUCUAAACGAUGGCAGCACAUGGCAGACACUUUGCUGUCUGUCAGAGCAAUCCCAGAGGGUGCUUCUUACAGACGAGGACAAGGAAUUGGCAAACCUCCUCACUGGUUAUCAAGACAUGGUCGGUCUUUUGAAUGUACACAAAGUAGCGCGCUUUAAUACACAGGUAAAUUUGGUCAUCCCCUUGUGCUAUGACGCGCUUAGGAUUGGGUUCAUGUGCGAUUGUUUUUAGGAAUAAAGCCAUAUGGUAUGAGUUUUUAGAAGUAAGACCAUCUAAUAAAUUUUCUGACCAUUAACAACUACAAAAUUGUGGUCCAAUCAUAAGGGUUACUGUGGUAAAGAAUGUCAAACUACCAUUCUAUUAUUGUUUCUUUUUAUUUUAUAUUUUCAUUAAUUUAGUUCAAAACAUUCAACUUUCAAGAUGAUCUUCAUAUAUACAAACAAUGUAGACGUAGGCAUGAGCCUUGCAGUGAAAGAAAACUAUACAUGAGUUGGGAAGAUCAAUUUUAUGAACAAAACAAAUUCUAUUUCUAUAAAACAAAAUAACUAUCUUCUUAAUAGCCUAAUCAUGUGUAAAACAAAUAAAUGCCCGUAGGUAACAAACACUACACUUUACAAUGGAUGUAUAUAUGCCUCUAGACUUGACUUGUUCAGAAAGUAUGUUUGGAUUAACAUAUCUAUCCUUGGUUUGCAAUCUUUGCUACUACCGAUUUAAUAAUUAUUUUUUAUAAUUGACAAAGCUCUAAAACACUUUCACAUUAUUUUGUUCAUUAUCAUAUUAACAAUUAUUAUGUUUCUCUAUUAUUCUCAGUCUUAAUGUUUAUUUCUAAUUAAUAUGCAUUUUAAAGAUUAUAUUUUUCCAUAUAAAAACUGUAGCAACAUUUUCACCUGGACAUUCAUGCCUUGCACAGCCUUAACUGAUACAUUGCGCAAGAAUUUAGUCCUUGCUCGGGAUCACCGAGCAAGGCCAAUCUGAAUGAUACAUUGCUUGGAAAUUACGCUCAUUGCAAGAAAAUAAACUUACUUGGGAUCACCGAGCACGUCCAAACCCAUCGACACAUAACUUGGUAAUUCCAAGUAUAGGAAGAAAAUAAACCUUGCUUAGGAUAACCAAGCAAGACCAUUAUGACUGACACAUUGCUCGGUAAUUCCGAGCAUCGCAAGAAAAUAGCCAUUGAUUUAUUAACUAGUAUAUAUAUAUGUAUAUAUAUUAAUAUAGCUCGUCAUUGAUUUCUGCUGUGGUAUGCUUGAUCAAAUCUCUUGAACUGAAUAGACGAUAUUUGUCCAUCAUUGUUGCUUAUGUUCUUGAACUUUCUUGUUUUAGGCCCUUAAUUUUUUGUUUUCUCGUAAUGAUUGAUAAAACAACCAGCCCAAUCAGAAAAUUAUUUUCCUGAAAAAAAUACAGCAUAAUUUCCUGUCUGCUAGUUAUCUUUUGGAUAUUGUUAUUUACCCUUAUAUACCUUGUUGGUUCAAACUUGUGGUCAGGUCCCUGUGAUUCUUGACGCAACAACAUUCUCGAUAAAGUUG